CGUAAACAUGCAUACUUGAUUCGUACUGGGCACUCCCUAACCUGUAGUCCAUAUUCACCACCCGAUUGUGAAGCCGAGUCUGGCCUUGAAGCAGGCGACAGGAAUAUAUAUCAUCGCUACUGUCUAGAGCGUGCAGGUGUUCAUUGUGCUCACGUGUUCACCACUGUGAGUAAAAUUACCGGGUUAGAAAGCAAGUACUUGCUGCGGCGCGAACCGGAUGUGAUCACACCCAAUGGUUUGAAUGUAAUCAAGUUUGCCGCGCUGCACGAGUUUCAGAAUCGUCAUGCUUUGGCCAAAGAAAAACUUAAUCAGUUCAUUCAAGGGCACUUUUAUGGGCACUACGAUUUCGAUCUGGAUAAGACACUGUAUUUCUUCAUCGCCGGUCGAUACGAGUUCCAAAACAAAGGUGCGGAUGUUUUCAUUGAGUCCCUGGCUCGGUUGAACCAUCAGCUUAAGCAAGCGAAAAGUGAUGUUACGGUUGUGGCUUUUCUAAUAUUCCCGGCGCAUACAAACAGUUUCAAUGUUGAUUCGUUCCGCGCACAAGCUAUUGUCAAACAGCUCCGUGAAACAGUGAACUCUAUUCAAAGUGAUAUGGGUCAUCGCUUGUUCGAAGUUUGUCUUCGUGGUCGCAUCCCUCAAGGUUCUGACCUGCUGACUCAAGAAGAUGUCUAUCGCUUGAAACGCUGUAUCUAUGCUGCUCAACGAAACAACCUCCCUCCAAUCUGUACACACAACGUGGUGCAAGACAAUAUUGACCUGGUGUUGUGUAAUUUGCGCCGCUGUCGUUUGUUUAACGAUCGUCACGAUCGAGUUAAGGUACGUUUUGAAAAUAGUAAAGUAUUUUUCAGUAACCGGUCGGUUAAUUUUCUUUUCUGUCAUACUGAGCUCUCAUAUUUACGGUUAUUUUUGAGUAGUGGUGUGCGUUGA